AUAGCUUAUACGUAAUGGUAUGAUAAUUGAAAAAUAUCGUAUGAUUUAAAAAGCCGACCUUUUUCUUCUUCCAGUUUGUUUAUAUUUAUGAUGCCUUGCUACGUGUGCUACCGCCUUCUCUCUCUCGCAAACUUCUAAAAUCGGCAGAAAAAUUCAGAAAGAGAGAGAGAGAGUUGGAGGCUUAAAGAGAAGUGUUAAAUGCUUGCCCACGACGGCCUUUAGCUUUCAUUUUGUAGAACCCUUCUCGCACAAUCUACUUCUCAUAGUUGUCAAUCUCACUAAGCUAUAAAGCCCAGUUCUUUUUCUCUCUUUCACUGUCUCUUGAAGCUUUCUUCAAUUCUGCUCCUCUGCAUACCUCAGCUUGUUCCCUCAGAUCUUUAUUGACACUCAUUUUUUUCUUAAAUGAGUAAGCAAGAGUUUGCCAAGCUCCAGUCUUGUGUGCUGAAAGUGGAUAUACAGUGUCACUGUGAUGGCUGUAAGAAAAAAGUGAAGAAGCUGCUGCAAAAAGUUGAUGGGGUUUACACAACCAACAUAGAUGCAGACCAAGGUAAGGUUACAGUAACUGGAGAUGUUAACCCAGCAGCACUUAUCAAGAAACUUAGCAAGUCUGGAAAGCAUGCAGAGCUGUGGGUGUCUCAGAAGGGUAAAAACAACGUCCAACACCAAUUUAACGACCCGUUCAAGAACUUUCAAAUUGAUGCUCAUAAGAGUGGCAAAGACAACAAGUCCCAAAAGGGCCCUGCCCAACAGAAGGGUAAGGGUGGCGGUGGCGGUGGAGGGCAACAAUUCCAACAAAUGCAACAACAGAAGGGGCCUAAGGAGAUGAUGAAGCAACAGAAAUCUGUCAAAUUCAACAUGAAUCAUGAGGAAUUUGAUGCAAGUGAGGAUGAUUUUGAUGAUGAGUCCGAUGACUUUGAUGGUGACUUUGAUGAUGACUUUAAUGAAGAUGAUGAAGAACAUCAUGUUCAUCAUCAGGUCCCCAAAGGCCAUCAACAAGUCCCCAACAAAAUGGCUCCAAUGGGUAUGAUGGGUAAUGGGAAUGGACUACAUGGGCAUCAAGCUAUGAUGAACAUGAUUAACAGCCAGGCCAAAGGUGGCGGGGGUGGUGGCGGUGGUGGAAAGAAAGGUGGGGCAAUUGACAUACCUGUUUCAAUGAAGAGUGGGGGUGGAAAAAAUGAAUCUAAGCAUGGAAAUAAUGGAGGAGGAAAGAAAGGAGGAGGAGGUGGCGAUGGUGGUAAAAAGGGCAAAGCAGGGAAUGAUAAAAAACAAGGAGGUAAAGAUAAAAAUGGUGGUAUUAUGGGGUUCUUUGGAUUUGGAAAGAAGAGUAAAAAGGGUGGUGGUGGUGGUAAGGAUGAUGCUGAUAAGAGUAGUACAGGAAAUGGGGGAGUAGGUGGUGGGAACAAGAAUGGUGGUGGGGGUAAACAAGGUAAGGGGAAAGGAACUGAUGGGGUCCAGGAUAUGAAGAAAAUGAAAAAUGAGUUUGAAAUUGAUGUCAGUAAGCCUGGAAAAGGACCCAAAGGAGGUGGAGGUGGUGGUGGUGGUGGUGGUGGACCUGGUGGUAGUAAUGGCACUAAGAGCAUGGGCUCGAUGGGUCCAAUGGGUGGUCAGAUGGGCCAGAUGGGCAAUUAUGGACAGAUGGGCAUGACACAACCAGCAGUGCGAGGACUACCAGCAGGUGCAGGAGGGUCAAUGAAUGGUGGAUAUUAUAAUGGUAUGGGGGGAGGAGGAGGAGGGCCAGGGAAUCCUUAUACUCAACAGCAAUACAUGCCUAUGAUGAUGAAUCAACAGCAUCCCAAUAUGAGUGAUGUGUAUCAAUAUCAAAUGAUGUAUGGACGGCCUAAUCCGGCCAUGAACUACAUGCCGCCGCCACCGAUGCCUCCACAUCCAUCGGUGAGGGACCCUUACACUCACUAUUUCAGUGAUGAGAAUACAGACGGUGGUUGCAACAUCAUGUAGUAAUAAUAUUGUGUUAGGACAGUUAGAAAAUUAGAAUCUUGAACUCAAGUGUACUGUUUGGUUUUUGUUCUUCUCUGGUAGUAGUGGUGGUGCUUAUACAAGGUUGUAAGGAUAAAUGUAGCAAUCAAUGCCUAUGCAUAAUUUUUUGUGUUUCAUGUAAUUGUUCCAAUUGUCCCUUA